GAGGGGGCGCCGGUGCUGGAACCGGCCGGGCCGAGAGUUGAGAGCGGCGGGACCGGCCGGGCCGAGGGGUUGGCGGUUGUGGUUGCGGUGCCGGCUAGGCUGAGGGCGCGAUGCGGGGCGGUCGCCAUCUCUUUCCGCUGGUGCUCCUGACGCUGCUGCGCGGGCUGUGCCACGGCAGGGAGCCGUCGCCCGGCACCGUGACCUGCGGCUCGGUGCUGAAGCUGCUCAACACCCGCCACAGCGUGCGGCUUCACUCGCACGAGGUCAAGUAUGGCUCCGGAAGUGGGCAGCAGUCAGUGACAGGAGUUGAAGCUUCAGAUGAUGCCAACAGUUACUGGCGGAUCCGUGGGAAGAGUGAUGGCAGUUGCCAGCGUGGUACACCGGUGAAAUGUGGGCAAGCAAUACGACUGACCCACGUUAACACAGGGAAAAACCUGCACACUCAUCACUUCCCGUCGCCACUCUCCAAUAACCAGGAAGUAAGUGCCUUUGGUGAUGAUGGCGAAGGAGAUGACCUGGAUAUCUGGAUUGUGCAGUGCAGUGGGACUUACUGGGAGCGGGAUGACGCAGUGCGCUUCAAGCAUGUGGGGACCGAGGUGUUCCUGUCCAUAACAGGAGAACAGUAUGGCCACCCCAUUAGAGGCCAGCGGGAAGUCCAUGGCAUGCCUGCUGCUAAUCACCACAACUAUUGGAAAGCAAUGGAGGGAGUCUUCAUCAAACCCAGUAUGGACCCUGCAAAACAUGAUGAGCUCUGAAUUAACAGAGGAUCCAAAAGGCUUUAGCUGACUCCAAAGUUCAGAGAUGCUAAUCCUUGGUCUCUUCUAAGUUCCGCUUUGCCGGGGUGACUGACUUUCUGUGUUGCUGAAAGGCAUUAGUUCAUUCUAGGAAUGCAGCACUUCUGUGGGGAAUGGCCUCUGCCAGGUUCAGCCACUGACAUUUAUUUGGUGAAAUCCUUUCUGAAUUUUCAAGCUUUAUUGACGGAACUAGUUCAUACAUCUGUUAGUUUUUGUUAUCAUUUGUUUGCUUGUUACUUUUUCUCAAAUUUGAAGGAAAUGGGAAAAUGGAGGGAAUACAUUUCUGUAGCCCCAAGUACAAUAAGACUUUGUAUUUUGUAAUCUUUUUCCAACUAUAAUUAAAAAUUUGGAAACUGAUUUCUAUUUCUUAGUGAAAGCAUGUCAUUGAUGAGGAGGUGGAUUGAGUCUAGAAAAGGAAAAAUGGUUCUUGAAUAUGGUGGUUUUUUUGAAUGGCUUGAAGUCAGUUAUUAAGCCUCUGAGUAAAAAAAAAAAUAAUCCAUUUGAAAAUAGCUUCCAGUGUGCUUCCUGAGUUUUGUUCUGUACUGUAUUGGAAGAGUUGAAAAUAUUGUAUAUGUUGGAACAAGAAGGCAAAAUUUUAAUGUUUGUUUUGUUCAAGUAGCUCAGAUGAUCUGGUAAUGAUGAUACUGCUAAUUGUUUGUGGAUAAGGUUGAUCUGCUCUAUGAACUGGUCCAGAAAGCAGCUACUUGUUUAAUUAAUAUUAGAGUUUUAUAAAAUUCCAUAUGCUACAAAGGAACAGUUGAAUUUGGCUUAUGUUGUACUUGACUGUCACUCUGCAAGAUCGGUAUGAGAAUUUGGAUGAAUAAAUAGUGUGGCAUAUACCCAUGUGAGGGUUUUUUUGUGUGAAUCCAGAAGAGCAAAAGGAAUCUUAGACGAUGGUUUGAUCCUGGAUUUUUGACAGAAUAGUGUGAGCUGGAGUGCUAGCAGGGAAUCUUCACUGAACAAGUUAAGAAUUUCUGUGUUCCUCUCCCUCUGCGAAAAGAGAAAUUAAUUCUUGACUGUGUUUCUUAUACAGUGUUACUGGAAGUACCGAUUAAAAUUCAAAAUACCAUACAUUUGCUCUUUAAACAGAAAAGCUCACCAAAUGAGUGAGAAAACCCAGAAAACUCAGGUGUCCUUGUUUCGAUGUAUAAAUAGUUUACUGAUUAUAGUGCUCAUUAGUCAAUCAGUUAAAGAAGCAGGAAAGUAAUUUACUGCUUUUACAGCCCCAGUCACACGCUGCAGCAUUAGGGUUGUGUUGAGAAGGUGCAACAAGCAGUUGCAGUUCAGCUUUAGAAAUACAGCAGCUACUUUAUAGGUCCUGCUCUGUGGUGCCUUGUGCAGUUGCUGUCCAGGCCAGCUCCAGGUUUUAUUUAAGGGUUUCCUACCAAGGAAGAUACUUUGUACCCUAUGGAACAAAGAACCCCAGUCACAGUUGCUCUGUGUAGCUCAUUAUUUUUCUUCAAAGAAGAAGGUAAGAAUGUCUUUCUAUUAAUUUUAGUUGAAUGUGGGUAUUUAAGGAUUGCAGGUGUUUUGGAGUUAAAGUAGACUGGAUCUUGCUGUUUUGUAUUACAAGUAAACUUUUAUGUGAUUAAUGUUUCAGGUUCACUGAUAUUUCUGACUAAUUGGUAUUGAAGUUGUAGCUAUAAAAGAAAACUGUUUAAAAACAAAACAAACCUUUAACAUAAACAAGCUGACUUUUCCUUUCCUUUAUUAAAAAGGAGGGCUUUUUCUUUUGAAGACAGUAUAUAAGUAAAAACAAAAGUAGUGAGAGUAUUUGACAGGAGGAUAAAAUUAUAUAGGCAAUAAGUUCUCUGUCACGAAGAGCUAAAAUGCUAUAUGCCUAAACCGUACGGGCUUAUUGUUUGUGCUCCUGUGAAAUAUAGUUGGCUGAGGAGGGGGCAGAGCUGUGUGGCUCAUCUCAGUCUGUGUGCCAGGUACUAUCCCUACCCAAUGUUUGUCUCUGCCUGGAUGUUUAUGUGCCUAGCAAAGGUAUUUAUCAAUCUUAUUUAUUAUGCUUGAGUGGGACUUCCCUGGACCUUUGUCUUUCUGUUCUGGAUUUGAGCCAAAUUGGUUUGGUUAGGCUGA